GUGUGUGUGUGUGUUAUCUGAGGAACAGCAGCUCUAAUCCGUGCUUUAACCACAGAGCAGGUGGUGCUGGUGAGAGACUGUUACUUGUGGCUCCAAACAAACAGUCGUCGAGGCCAAAGCUGUCUGCUGAAACACAGCAGGGUCAAGCAGCGAACAUUGUAACCUAGACUUGGCACACUUUAACAUCCGAGAUACGAGUUCUCACACAAAACGUCCAGCAGAAGAUCUGCGCAAGCCUUCUGAACUCUCGGAUUUGAGCCGACAGCAUCGAGAAGCCUUCCUCUAGCAUGCUCGCUUUCUGUCAAGUUGCUGAUCCCCUUCUGCGAAGUUCAAGAUGAACGGCUACGCUGCUCCUACGUACCCCAUGGGAAACUUCAGUAACUCCCAGCUGAAUGGUCACCAGUCUCAGUCACCGGAGCUCCCAGUACUUGACCCCAGCAAAUCCAGUGCGAAGGCAAUCUACGAGCAAAGAAAGAGCUACAGUAAAAACAGUCUGAACAGCAGCAUGACCGACACGUCGCAGUACCUCGUCGAGCACCUGACCACGUUCAUCAUGGACCGUAAGGACGCCAUGCUCACCAUCGAUGACGGCAUCCGGAAGCUGCGUUUGCUGGAUGCUAAAGGGAAGGUGUGGACGCAGGAGAUGCUGCUGCAGGUGGAUGACAAGGCAGUGAACCUCAUCGAUGCAGACAUAAAAAACGAGCUGGAACACUUCCCUCUGGGCACGGUGCAGCACUGCCAGGCCAUCAUGAACUCCUGCAACUACGACUCCAUCCUGGCUCUGGUGUGUAAGGAGUCAGGACAGGGCAAACCAGACCUGCACCUCUUCCAGUGUGAUGACAUCAAGGCAAAUUUGAUCCAAGCAGAUAUUGAGAGUGCCAUCAACGACCACAAGGGCGGGAAGGCCAAAAAGCGGCCAGAGGUUCUUAAAAUGAUCCGGAAGAGCGAUGGGACUAUUCCACCUCCUCCUGGUGGUCCCGCCCCCGUUCCUCCAGCAGCUGUCAAUCAGGGGGCUAUGAACAGCAGAGCGGCAGCUUGGCCACACACGGCCAGUGGACAUCAGAACUAUGAUACCCAAAGGCCAUACAGGGAACAGGAAGACUCUCCGGAGAUGACUGCAGUGCGAAUAGACAGAGACGUGCAAAUCCUGAACCACAUUCUGGAUGACAUCGAGCACUUUGUCACCAAACUUCAGAAAGCUGCGGAGGCUUUUAACGAACUUUCCAAGAGAAAGAAAUCAAAAAAGAGUAAAAAGAAGGGACCAGGAGAGGGAGUGCUGACGCUCCGAGCAAAGCCGCCAGGACAGGACGAGUUUGUUGACUGCUUUCAGAAGUUUAAACACGCCUUCAACUUGCUGGCAAUGCUGAAAACCCACAUUCAGAACCCAAGCGCUGAGGAUCUGGUUCAUUUCCUGUUUAAUCCACUCAAAAUGGUGGUUCAUACAUCAGGAGGUGUUGACCUGGCUAAAAGCGUAGUGGUUCCCCUCCUCACCAGAGAUGCUGUCGAGUUCCUACACUCUGCAGGAACUGCUGAAGAGCGCCACCUGUGGGUCACGCUGGGAGACGGCUGGACUAAAUGCAGACUGGAGUGGCCUAAGGAUCAUUACUUCCCUCCUCACACCCUGCGGUUCCGGGACGGCUGGGAGCCUCCGCUGCUGGUGAGCCGAGAGCAAGGCCUGACUCAGCUGGCUGAGAGCCUGGCUCAUGCUGACCUCCACAGACCAGAGCAGCAGUCCAACGUGCCGGAGUUCUCCUCUGCAGACGGUAACUCUGAUGCCUAUGGCAGGCCAAGAAGCCAAGAUGACCAGCCAAGAAGUUUUGCCAAAUCAAAGUAUGACUUUGUGGCCAGGAACAGCACAGAGCUGUCGGUGGUGAAGGAUGAGGUGGUGGAGGUUCUGGAUGACAGGAAACAGUGGUGGAAGGUGCGAAACGGAACUGGAGUUGCAGGAUACGUGCCAAACAACAUCCUUGAGAUCACCAAGGCUGUGGAUGUAAACGGACGGGGAGAGCCAAUUUACAGCCAUACCAUCCAGAAGCAGAAAACGGACUACGUGCCCAAACCCGGAACGUCAUCCAUCCCUCCAGCUCCCACUCCCCUUCCUCCAGCUCCUGCGCUUCCCACUUACUCCCUGCCUCCCAGCGCACCUGCUCCCGUAGAGCAUCAUGGGAACUCGCCGUCCAACGUCAGCCGCCAGAGCAGCAGCACCUCCAGUGACAACGGCAGCAUCACUAUGAGAGAGCAGAAAGAACACAGCGUGACACCGGCUAAUCCAGGCCGCAAGUCCAACAUGGAGGAGGUCCAGGACGAGCUGGUGCACAGGCUCACCCUCGGCCGCAGCGCUCAGAAGAAGUUCCAGGCUCCACCACGCGGCUCCACUCUGCCCACUGCCAACAUCAGCUACGACUCCACACCAGAGGCGGUCAAAUCCUGGCUGGAGGUUAAAGGCUUCAGCGCUGUGACUGUGAACAGUCUGGGUGUGUUGACUGGAGCUCAACUCUUCUCCCUCAACAAAGACGAGCUGAAGACCGUGUGUCCUGAUGAAGGCGCUCGAGUCUACAGCCAGGUCACCGUACAGAAGGCUGCCCUCGAGAGGAGCACGGGCUCUGAGCUUCAUGAGAUCAUGAGAAGGAGGCAGGAGAAACUAGCAGCAACAACAGCCAGCGACUCAGGAGUCGAGUCCUUUGAUGAGGGGAGCAGCCACUGAACCCCUCGCUCCUCCUCCUCCUCCUUCUCCACCUCCACCUUCUCCUCCUAUCUUGCACUUUUUCAUCCUUUUCACAUUGUCGUUUUUCAGGACGCGGUGGAGUUCGCAGCCAUCAUGCGCCGUCGUCAGGAGCUCCUGGACCCCCCUGACCACGGAACCGGCUCGGACGUAGAUUAAAGCGACGGCGCAGGUUCAGACUCACCGUGUAUGACAGAAGAAAGACGUAGGAUUCGUAACACACUCGCUACGUAGACCAAAAUAAAAGUAACCCAGUGAAGAUGAUUUGUAGAUUUAAUAUACAUAAAACAAGACUGAAGAUCAUGUAGUUUGUUUGUAGAGCUGCCAAGUUAAGCAUUCAAUUAAAAAAAGUCUUAAUGUUAUAAAUAUUUCAUAUAAAUCAAAUUAUUAUUUAAAAAUAGAAGAAUUUAAAUGCAAAUCAUCGUGUAGUUCUGCUGUAAUUAGCUCGAAAGGAAAGACAUUACAGGACGUGUGAAAGCGAACAGGACGUACAUGUUGUCUAGCUGAGACUGAAGGACACGCUCGGGAGGACGAGGAAGGAUUUCUGAUGGACUUUGAUACAGACGUGGACUUUUUUAAAAAAUUAAACAAAAUCAGAUUUAGACCUCCAUGUGUAAGUAAACGUUUGUAUAGUGGGCUGUUAGCUUGGAAAGUAAAGCCCACACACACACACACACACACACACACACACGAUGGAAUCGAUACAGAAAUAGUCAUGUGCAAUGCGACUGGGGAAAGUGAAAGGUGUACAUUUACGUUUGCUGGAAAAAAGAGGAUAUUUAUGUGUUUGAUAAUUUUCUAUUUAAGCCUAAUGCCAAAUGAGGAACUUUAUUAUACGCCACAUUAAAACAUAACGUUUCUGUCCUUCUGCCGUGUCCCGUCUCAUAUCACUGUUAGAUACGUUUUCAGGGAUAUGUUUUUGUACUAGAAUCUUCAACGCUGGCUGUUUAAGGUUAAGUUUAACACACAUGCAUGCAGAAUCAUUUCUGUUUUAAAAACACUUUUGGAUACAGUGACAAUAUUUGGACAGAAUGAUUUUGUACUCUUUUUUUUUUUGGCAGUACAACCAUGAUGUUUGAUUUGAAAUGUUUGCUAUCACAUUCAUUCUGUUUGGAUUUGCUGGAUUAAACAAUUCUCCGAACACAGACGGUCAGAAGGAUACUAGAGUAAGAUUCAGUUUAUGGUACAAAGCUUGUGUUUUUCUGACAUCUUGGUGACUGAAGUGCCAUGAUCCUAUAGGAAGACGUUAAGGAGCAGUAAACGAACAGCGGAAGGAUCUUUCGUUAGCUCUGUUGUUUGUGAGUCACACACACUUCCUCAACACAGCUCCUGCUUUUCAGCUUUACGCUGCAAUCGUUUCACGGAUGAAGGCUGGACAUUUUUUUUUUUUUAUUUUUUUUACGAUUAAUAACUAGCACUUAAAUGGAAGGAUCUUCGGUAUGAAGAAAUAAAGUGGUAAAGAGCUACAGAAUAAAGAAAUCGAUAUGAGAUCUA